AUGGGCGACCCCUACGAUUCGGAUGAGGGCAAAACUCCCACAGGUCGUAUAUCUCUAGCUUCGUGGGUUGAACUUUUGGACCCUGUUUCACCCACAGCCCAAUCUUACUAUCUGCCACGUAGAUACUUCAACAGUGCCACGCAGCGGAUUAGGAGCACUAAGACGCGGCAAAAGUUGGCCAAACUACGGACCACGGCUCAGGAUUUAACCCCACAAUUGGACGAAUUCAAAAAACGCACUUUUACACGUCUACAAUCUCUGGAUAAACCUCUAGAGACACUUUUUUUCCAUAAAAGCUCUUAUUUGGAAAAGUGGUUUUAUCCGUUUACGCUCUUCAACAUUUUUGGGAUAGGGUUCAUUAUUGGAAAAUACCCGGAAUGGUUCCACGUAUACUACACCCUGAUGCUUGUUCUACUGAUGCCGGUACGUUACUACACAUAUUAUAAGACCAAUAGUCACUACUAUAUGGCUGACCUGUGCUAUUAUGUCAAUAUGAUGUGCUUGCUUUUCAUUUGGGUGUGGCCCACUUCAGUUCACCUAUAUCAAAGCUGUUUUGCAUUCACCUUUGGCACUUUGUGUUUUGCUGUCAUAACAUGGAGAAACUCGCUUGUUAUUCAUUCGGUUGAUAAAAUCACAUCGUGCUUUAUUCACAUAAUGCCACCUCUGACCAUGUACACCAUAAGGCAUGGUAUCGAUGAGGGUUUAAAGCUAGACCGUUUUCCAGCAGCUUCUUUGAUUGCGUCCGAAAAAUGGAACUUAAAGUACAAUAUUUUCUGGACUUCUCUUUAUUAUCUCGUCUGGCAAAGUGCUUAUCACUAUUUCAUUACUUUGCGGCAAUCUUCUAAGAUAAAAUCGGGACAAAGGGUCACUAGCUUUGAGUAUCUCACUUCUCACCAGUUCAAGAACUUUUGGGCCGUAAAAUUGCCUGAUCCUUGGCCCGUGCUUUGCUAUAUUCUAAUCCAGUACUGUUAUCAAUUAGGGACUAUGAUGCUGUGCGGGAUAUGGUUCCAUCACAGAAAAGCUGCAGCUGCAUUUCUAAUGUUCAUCUAUUUGUGUGCUGCAAGGAACGGUGCAACGUACUAUAUCGAUCAUUACGGUAAGAAAUUCGAAAAAGAGGUUACUAAGCUAAAGCUGGAAAUUCAGAGUCUACAACAAGAGCUGGAUCAAAAGCCUGGCUCAGUUUGUAAUGAAAGCGAACUUCACACACUUUAA